AUGUCGGAGUGGUCGAGUCGUGCGGUGUUCGUGGAUCAGUGCCGCAGUGUUGUACAGGGUUAUCCGCGAUUCAAUGCCACUAUCUAUGACGGUGAUACGGCGGUACUGGAUCUCAUAUUGACUGCCAAGAAAGAUCUGAUCGGAUCGAUUGCGGUCACUGUUUUCUGCAUGGGAAUUGUUUGCGUAUUUUUCAUUUACAGCAGAACUGGUGUGCUCAUCGUUACAUUCACAAUUUCAUCAAUUUGCUUUACGCUGGUUGGCUCGCUCUCUUGGUGGGGUGCCGAUAUGGAUCCGGUGACAAUUGUUGAUGUACUGAUUGCAACUGGAUUUAGUGUCGAUUACACAGCACAUAUUGCUUACAAGUACUAUAAAUUGAAUGGUGAUCCGGCGGAACGAAUCAAGCAAAGUUUGCGCGAAAUGUGUAGUCCCAUGUUGCAGCACUUUUUGGAGCAAGCAUAA